UAGAAGUGCCACGCCUUCGCCCAGUAAGAUGGCUGGAGGUCGAGCAGGACGUGAACGUUUUGCUGGAGAGUCAUACACAGUGUUGGGUGACCAGGAGAUGACCGGUGGCUGUCACUACUGGGAGCUCCGCCCUCUCACAGAUUGGAAAUCGUUCAGUGUGGGUGUGGCCUACCGGGCCAGCCUUGGCCGUUUUGACCAAUUAGGGAAAAGUGCUGGAUCAUGGUGUCUCCACGCCAGUCAAUGGCUGCAGAGCUCACUUGCUGCAAAGCACAACAACCGAGCAAAGGCUCUUGAUUUGCCGCUGCCUCAGAGAAUUGGAAUUUACUGUAAUUAUGACAACGGUGAUUUGUCCUUCGUUGAUGUGGGCCGUCUUUGUCUUCUUCACUCCUUCAAAACAAAGUUCAGCCAGCCGCUUGUUCCCGCUUUCACUGUUUGGUGCGGUGGAAUCGUCAUAACAACUGGCCUACAGGUGCCGAGCUUCAUGGGUAAUUUCCUGUCCACCAGUCGGAGCCUCAGUAACCUGACGCAGUAGCUCGACCUCCUCCAACCAUCUGUUUUGAUUUUGGUGUUAUUUGUUAUAAUUUCUUUUUUGUAUAUAUUUUAUUUAUUAAUUUAAUAAUUAAUACAUUUUAAACAGAAAUUCAUUAUGAAUUGAAAAUAUAAAAUAAAUGUCAUCAUAUUUAAUUAAAUGUACUGUAUUGAUUAUAGUUUGAGUUUGAGUGGUCUUAAUUUGAAGAUGUACUGAAGUUGUCUGUGAGCCAGGGUGUUUAUUUUGACAGAUUUUGUGUAACAGGAAAAGAAAGUAGGGUUUGCAGACGUCGAUUGUUGUGUGCAACAGUAUUUAUAAAUCUUUUGUAAAGGUGACACAGAAAAACAUUAAGACAUUGGAUAGUAGUGAAAAGGCAACGUGAUAUCAUUAGUACUUGUCAGAAGAGCCUGUGUUACUAUGAUGACGCUUGAGUGCCACAGAACAGGUGUUGGGGUUGAUAGAUAAAGCAAUUUGAGUUGAAUAUGGACAUACAAUUCAUAUCCAGUUCAUAAAAUUUUAGUGACCUGAAACUUGAGCUUUUACUUUACAAUAUUUUUGUUUUACUGAUGUAUGGAUUUGUGUGUGUAUGUGUCACAUCUGAUGUAAGAGUGGAUUUGAUUUAAUGUUUUAUAUGUGACGUCAAGCAAUCAAUCAAUUUCAUUUAUAAGGGUUAGGGAGGGUUAGGGAAGGGGAAUGGAACAUGUCCCCUGUAAGGGACUGGAGGUGCACGGGCCUCCCUCCAGGAGCCUCCGCCAACCUGGAAUCCCCAGUUGUGUUGAUGGAUGCUGGCCAUGUUUGCUGUAGCGGACCAGGGUCCAGCUCUCACCGUCAUCCCUAGAGACCAUGUCGGGUCUGUGUUAAUCAUGUAUACUGUUUGUCUUUUAAAUUUAGGCUUAGUUAAUGUAAUGAGAUAUGUUAAUGUGUAUUAAUGUGUAUGAAAUGAAGAUGUAUUAAUAUUGGUCAGUGAAAUGUAAUUAUCAUGUGAGAAGUGGCUAUGGAAUAAAGAUGUAUUUUUUAUUAAUGAAGGUGUAUUUACCCUGUUAAAAUCAAAAUUUUAAAUAAAAGUGUCCACAAAACGGGGUCUGGCUGCCUGUCCCUGUCUGUCUUAUAUAGUCUCCGCCACCUGUAGUGUAAACCUAUGUUAUUUAUUUGUCGUCUGUUUUUUGUCUUUCUGUUUGUAACCCUAUAAAUGCCCAAUUAAAU